AUGCUGCCGAAAAAACCCGCAGGAAAGGGCGCGGCGCGGGAGCCAGGGUCAGCAGAGCCCCCAGCCCGGCUUUGCACCCGCGCCGCGCCCCCGUGCGCCGCCCUCGCUGCCCUCCUGUCCGUGGUUGCUCUGACUUCUUGUUUGUACCUCGGGGUGAAAACCUGUGACCUCCAGGCGAGGGUCGCCGCGUUGGAAUCCGCCAAAGGUGCACCCUCCAUCCAUCUGCUGCCCGACACCCUGGAUCAGCUGAAGGCUAUAGUGCAGGAGAAAGUGGAGCGCCUUCUGGCUCAGAAAUCCUAUGAACAUAUGGCUAAAAUAAGAAUCGCAAGAGAAGCACCUUCAGAGUGUAACUGCCCAGCAGGUCCUCCAGGGAAACGGGGGAAGAGGGGCCGAAGAGGAGAAUCUGGUCCUCCUGGGCAGCCUGGUCCUCAGGGCCCUCCUGGUCCAAAAGGUGAUAAGGGAGAACAAGGUGACCAGGGACCUCGGAUGGUGUUUCCUAAAAUCAAUCAUGGCUUUCUCUCUGCUGAUCAGCAGCUCAUUAAACGCCGCCUGAUUAAGGGUGACCAAGGGCAAGCAGGACCUCCUGGACCCCCAGGCCCUCCAGGUCCCAGAGGGCCACCUGGGGACACCGGGAAGGAUGGCCCCCGAGGGAUGCCAGGAGUGCCUGGUGAACCAGGGAAACCCGGAGAACAAGGCUUAAUGGGUCCUCUGGGGCCUCCAGGACAAAAGGGAUCUCUUGGAGCACCUGGAAUUCCGGGGAUGAAUGGACAGAAGGGUGAGCCUGGGUUGCCUGGAGUGGAAGGACAGGACGGGGCCCCUGGACCGAAGGGAGAACCUGGAAAACAAGGAGAAAAGGGAGAUGCUGGAGAAGGUGGCCCCAAAGGUGACACAGGAGAAAAGGGUGACCCUGGAUCAUCUGCUGCAGGAAUCAAGGGAGAACCUGGAGAAUCUGGUCGCCCAGGGCAAAAGGGUGAACCAGGGCUUCCUGGGCUUCCUGGACUUCCGGGGAUCAAGGGAGAACCAGGUUUUAUUGGUCCUCAAGGGGAACCAGGCUUACCAGGCUUACCAGGAACAAAAGGUGAACGUGGGGAGGCAGGGCCCCCAGGAAGAGGGGAGCGAGGGGAGCCCGGAGCCCCUGGCCCGAAGGGGAAACAAGGUGAACCAGGAACUAGAGGCCCAAAGGGGUCAAAGGGUGAUCGUGGAGACAAAGGGGAUGCUGGAGCUCUGGGACCCAGGGGUCCACCAGGGCAAAAAGGCGAUCCGGGAGCCACAGAGAUCAUAGACUACAAUGGCAACCUCCACGAAGCCUUACAGAGGAUUACUACCUUAACUGUCACGGGUCCCCCUGGGCCUCCUGGACCUCAAGGACUACAAGGGCCAAAGGGUGAGCCAGGAUCUCCAGGAACCCCAGGAGCUGAUGGAGAACAGGGGCUCAAGGGCUCUAAGGGUGACACAGGAGACCCAGGUAUGCCAGGUGAAAAAGGAGGAAUUGGACUUCCUGGAUUACCGGGUGCCAACGGUGUGAAAGGAGAAAAGGGUGACUCCGGAUUACCAGGCCCGCAAGGUCCUUCUAUCAUAGGCCCGCCGGGCCCCCCAGGCCCCCACGGUCCACCUGGCCCCAUGGGACCCCAUGGACUUCCUGGACCCAAGGGAGCAUCUGGCUUAGACGGAAAGCCAGGAUCCCGGGGUACAGCUGGUCCUAUGGGACCCCACGGCCCUGCCGGUCCCAAAGGAGAAAGAGGAGAAAAAGGAGUCAUGGGAGAACCUGGACCCAGAGGGCCCUACGGCCUGCCUGGGAAAGAUGGAGAGCCUGGUCUUGAUGGCUUCCCUGGGCCUCGAGGCGAGAAGGGUGACCUAGGAGAAAAGGGGGAGAAGGGAUUCCGUGGCGUUAAGGGGGAAAAAGGGGAGCCAGGCCAGCCUGGCUUGGACGGGCUGGAUGCCCCUUGCCAAUUGGGCCCAGAUGGAUUACCCAUGCCUGGCUGUUGGCAGAAGGGGGUUACACCGUGGCUCAUUGCCAAAAAGAGAUAAGUUGAUGGAGAGCGUGCGCAUGGUUGGUCUUGUAUUUUGAGGGAGUUGUAGUCCCAACUGCAGAUCUACAGCUUCCAGUGCCACGGGCUCUUGGGGUCACCUUGGUUAAG